CUGAUGCACAAUAUAAAUUUCAAACAAGUUAUUUGUAGUCGAUCAACGCCUUCUUUUGGUGGUUAUCAUCAACCUUCCCCAUUAGCUUCAGCUAGCGCCUCAGUUCAUUCAUCCGCUUCGAAUAAUUCCUCUGGAAUUUAUCUUCCACCAACACCCCAACAACAACAGCCUCCUCAACUUGUUGUCCUUUCUUCUGCUCGUUAUGGAGUAAGCGGUACACCUCCAACAAGUUCGUUGGCAACAAGCGGAUAUAGUAGCAACACACAAAUGUCUAAUUAUGGAUUUCUUCCAGAGGGAUGGCGAGUUGACCCUGCUAUUCGCAAACAGCCGAAAACCUCUUCACCAAUUAGAGAAUACAGAGCACCUAUAAAUUUGCCCUUCAAAGAUUUUAGUCAAAAUUGA